AUGGUUGAAGUCUACGGGUUCUGCGACCCAACCUUUCAGUCCGUCCGUGAUCUUCUUCAGCAGAAGCUUUCCGAAGGAUGCGAAAUAGGCGCUUCCAUCUGUGUGAAUAUCGACGGGCAGAAUGUCGUGAAUAUCUGUGGCCAUGCAGAUGCGGACCAGAUCAAGCCAUGGGAGAAAGACACUAUCACUGGAGUUUGGUCCUCUACGAAAGUAGUUACCUGUUUAGCGGCCCAUAUCCUCGUUGAUCGGGGCCUACUGGAUAUUGACGAGAAAGUGGCCACCUAUUGGCCAGAAUUCGGGGCCAAUGGCAAAGAGGAUGUCAACGUCUCGCAUCUCCUAAGUCACUCUUCCGGAGUACCUGCCUGGGAGGGACCGAUCACCGCCGCAGAAAUGGUAGAUGUGAAAACAUCCACCCAAAGACUCGCAGGGCAAGCUCCUUGGUUUACACCCGGCUCGCAGAGCGCAUAUCAAAUCACAAACCACGGUCAUUUGGUUGGCGAGGUUAUACGACGCAUCUCGGGAAAGCCCCUAACUCAGUUCAUCGCCGAAGAGAUUGCGAAGCCUCUAGGUGCCGACUUCCAGCUUGGACUGCCCGAAGAGAACUUCUCUCGGGCUGCUGGUAUUAUCCCGUUUCCACCUGAGUCUAUGGGUAAACUGGACCUCGAUCCAACUAGCAUCCUCGCUAGGGCUUUUGUCGGUUCUGCUAUGAUUCCUGAUAGUCCCAAUGACCCCGGAUUUCGGAAGGCAGAGAACGGAGCCAUAGGCGGAUUCUCAAAUGGCGUGCCCUUGCGCGCAUUGGCUCUAUAG